AAUUGGGAUUAGAUAUUUAUCUGCACUAAAAGUCGAGUACACGUGUCACGUUGUAAGCAAAAAGGAAAGGUAGACACUUCCACGAGGAAGCGGGACCCAUGUGAAUCCACGUGGAUCACUUGUUCCUUACCCCCUCUUGUUCAUCUGCCGCCUCGUUUUCUGCUCACAGUCUCGAAGUUCCAUCGUAGCUCCCUCCGUCCACAUUCUCUGAUCGAUCAUGGCGCUUCUUCAACAAAUCUCCGGUUUCGGAGCUCUCGAACGAUCUUCUCCGUCGCUUUUGAUCGGAUCCGGGAACGGGAACGGCCGCGUAUACGGCGGGAGAGGAAAGGUCGGGUUCAGCAGGCGAAGACUCGUUCUCAAGGUUGUUGCGAUGUCGUCUUCGUCUACGUUCAAGAUGAAUUUGAACGAGUAUAUGGUCACGCUCGAGAAGCCUCUCGGGAUUCGCUUCGCGUUGUCAGCAGAUGGCAAGAUCUUCGUCCACGCCAUCAAAAAAGGGAGUAAUGCGGAGAAGGCGAGAAUCAUUAUGGUUGGAGAUACUCUUAAGAAGGCUAGCGACUCUUCUUCGGGUGGUUCUCUUGUCGAAAUCAAUGAUUUUGGUGAUACCGAGAAGAUGCUGGUAGAGAGAAGUGGAUCCUUCAGCCUUGUUCUUGAAAGACCAUUCUCCCCGUUUCCUAUUCAGUACCUUGUUCACCUGAGCGACCUUGAUUUGCUCUAUAACAGAGGACGCGUCUCCUUUGUUACUUGGAACCAGAAUCUUUUAUCAUCCAAUCUCAGAGCAGCAUCCCAGGGAAGUGGCAACUCUGGUUAUGCUGCUUUUUCCUCCAAAUUCUUCACUCCCCAUGGAUGGAAACUUUUGACCAAAAAUAGCAAUUCCUUUCAGUCAGGAGGGACGCACAAGAACAUUCUUUCUCCACCUAUCAGUCCAAUUGUCUGCGUCUUUUCAGAACAAGACCCUGGAGAUGGGGAGUGGGGUUAUGGUAAUUUCCCUCUAGAGGAAUACAUCAAAGCCCUUGACCGAUCCAAAGGAGAGCUUCAUUAUAACCAUACUCUUGGAAUGCGUUACAGUAAGAUUACAGAGCAGAUAUAUGUUGGCUCAUGUAUACAAACAGAAGAUGAUGUAGAAAAUUUGUCUGACGCAGGAAUUACUGCUAUACUGAACUUCCAAGGUGGAACUGAAGCUCAAAACUGGGGAAUUGAUUCAAAUAAAAUCAACGAUGCAUGCCAGAAAUCUGAAAUCUUAAUGAUCAACUAUCCUAUUAAGGAUGCAGAUUCCUUUGAUCUGAGGAAGAAACUACCACUUUGUGUUGGGCUUUUACUACGAUUACUUAAAAAGAACCAUCGUGUGUUUGUAACUUGUACCACUGGUUUUGACCGGUCGUCAGCUUGUGUGAUUGCUUAUCUACACUGGAUGACAGAUACCUCUCUUCAUGCUGCUUAUAGUUUCGUUACAGGAUUGCACGCUUGCAAACCUGACAGACCUGCAAUUGCUUGGGCAACAUGGGAUCUAAUUGCAAUGGUGGACGAUGGCAAACAUGAUGAACCUCCAACACACGCUGUGACCUUUGUGUGGAAUGGACAUGAGGGGGAGGAUGUAUUGUUGGUUGGAGAUUUCACUGGAAAUUGGAAAGAACCGAUAAAGGCAACGCACAAGGGCGGUCCACGUUUUGAAACAGAAGUUAGGCUUUCACAGGGAAAAUACUAUUACAAGUAUAUAAUCAACGGUGAUUGGAGGCAUUCAACAACUUCACCAACGGAAAGGGAUGAUCGAGGAAACACUAACAAUAUAAUAGUGGUUGGAGAUGUUGCUAACGUCAGGCCUACUAUUCAACAGCCAAGAAAGGAUGCAAAUAUCAUAAAAGUGAUAGAAAGAGUGCUGACAGAGAGCGAAAGGUUCAGGUUGGCAAAAGCAGCUCGGUGUAUUGCAUUCUCGGUCUGUCCAAUUAGACUCUGCCCAAAAUAGUUUUAUCUUUUGCUGUUUAUUAAUGGGGCAUAAACCAAAUAUUACUUCAACAAUGAAGGAAAAUACAUAGUAAACACAUUAUAAAAUGAGUUAUUUGAUUAUUCAGAGAAAAAUUAAUUAA